AUGGCUGCUCCUGUCGUCACUGUCUCCGAGAGCAAAGAGCUCCGGGGGCUCAACCUGAUCGCGGCACAUUCACACAUUCGAGGGCUCGGCGUCGAUGCGGACACCUUGGAGCCCAGGGCGGUGUCGCAAGGGUUGGUCGGCCAAGAGAAAGCCCGGAAGGCUGCUGCGGUUGUGUUGGAGAUGAUCAAGCAGGGCAAGAUUGCUGGCCGCGCUGUGCUGAUUGCCGGCCCUCCUAGCACUGGGAAGACAGCAAUUGCCAUGGGAAUGGCUCAAUCGCUCGGCCCCGACGUCCCCUUCACGACUCUCGCCGCCUCGGAAAUCUUCUCGCUCGAAAUGUCAAAGACCGAGGCUCUCACCCAGGCUUUCCGCAAGUCAAUUGGUGUUAGGAUCAAGGAGGAGAGUGAGAUUAUGGAGGGCGAGGUGGUGGAGAUCCAGAUCGACAGGAGUGUGACGGGCGGUGCGAAGCAGGGCAAACUCACCAUCAAGACGACCGACAUGGAAGCCAUUUACGAUAUGGGAAGUAAGAUGAUUGAUGCCAUGACAAAGGAACGUGUGAUGGCGGGCGACAUUAUUUCGAUCGAUAAGUCGUCGGGCAAGAUCACCAAGCUCGGCAGGUCGUAUGCUAGGUCCCGCGACUACGACGCCAUGGGAGUCGACACCAAGUUCCUCCAGUGCCCCGACGGCGAGCUUCAGAAGCGCAAAGAGGUCGUGCAUACGGUGUCUCUGCAUGAAAUUGAUGUCAUAAACUCACGGACGCAGGGCUUCCUUGCAUUGUUCUCUGGCGACACGGGUGAGAUCAGGAGUGAGAUCCGGGACCAGAUCAACACCAAGGUUGGUGAGUGGAAGGAGGAGGGGAAAGCCGAGAUUGUCCCUGGCGUUCUGUUCAUUGACGAAGUCCACAUGCUGGACAUUGAAUGCUUCUCCUACGUCAAUCGGGCGCUCGAGUCAGACCUGGCCCCCAUUGUUAUCAUGGCGAGCAACCGCGGCCAUUCGCGCAUCCGAGGAACCGACUACAAGAGCCCGCACGGCCUACCGCUCGACUUCCUUGACCGCGUCGCCAUCAUCAACACGCAUGCCUAUACUGGAGAUGAACUCCGCCAAAUUCUCUCUAUCCGCGCGCAGGAGGAAGAGGUGGACCUCACGCCUGACGCCCUAGCGCUGCUCACCAAGAUUGGCCAGGAGGCCGGGCUUCGCUACUCCAGCAACCUCAUCACCACAUCGCAGCUCGUCUGCGCGAAGAGGCGCGCCAAGCAGGUCAGCGUGGACGACGUCCAGCGAAGUUUCAAACUCUUCUACGACCCAACCAGGAGUGUGCGGUUUGUGACCGAGUCCGAGAAGCGUCUAAUUGGUGAUGACGGUGGCGUUGACUUUACCGUCAAGGCGGCCGGAAAUGUCAUUGGGGAGAAGAUGGACACGAGCUAG